GACAAAGCUAAUGCAUCACGUGGUUUCGUCCUCUUUCCCUGUGCUCGUAGAAAAUGUCUCAUAGGAAGUUCAGAGCACCACGACACGGUUCCCUCGGCUUCUUGCCUCGUAAGAGGUGCAAGCAUCAUAAUGGGAGGAUAAAGUCCUUCCCCAAGGAUGACCCAACCCUUCCACCUCAUUUGACAGCUUUUGUGGGUUUCAAAGCUGGUAUGACCCACAUUGUGAGAGAAGUGGAGAAACCAGGAUCAAAGAUCCAUAAGAAGGAAGUGGUUGAAGCAGUAACAAUCAUUGAGACACCACCUCUGAUGGUUGUUGGUGUUGUUGGGUACAUUGAGACUCCCAGAGGACUUCGUGUCCUCAAAACAAUCUGGGCUGAACAUCUGAGUGAAGAAUGCAAGCGCCGUUUCUACAAGAAUUGGUGCAAGUCCAAGAAGAAGGCAUUCUCCAAGGCCUCCAAGCGAUGGGGAGAUGAGGAUGGCAAGACUGCUAUUGAGAAUGACUUCAACACCAUGAAGAAGUACUGCAAAGUCAUCCGUGUUAUUUGCCAUACACAGCAAAAACUUGUGAAACUUGGCCAAAAGAAGGCUAUUAUUAAGGAGAUCCAAGUCAAUGGUGGUAAGGAUGUUGGAGAGAAGAUUGACUGGGCACGUGAGCGCCUUGAAAACCCUGCACCUGUUCGCAAAGUGUUUGCACAGGAUGAGAUGAUUGAUAUCAUUGGUGUAUCCAAGGGUCAUGGAUUUAAGGGUGUCACUUACAGAUGGGGUACCAAGAAGUUGCCACGCAAGACUCACAAGGGUUUGCGUAAAGUGGCUUGUAUUGGGGCAUGGCAUCCAGCCCGUGUUUCAUACUCUGUUGCACGUGCAGGUCAGUUUGGUUACCAUCAUCGUACUGAAAUCAACAAGAAGAUCUACCGUAUUGGUCGUGGUAUUCACACUAAAGAUGGAAAGGUGGUGAAGAACAAUGCCAGUACUGAGUAUGAUCUGACUGACAAGGCAAUCACUCCAAUGGGUACUUUCCCUCACUACGGUGAAGUGAAUGAAGACUAUGUCAUGGUCAAGGGAUGUGUUGUAGGCAAAGUGAAACGUGUCCUUACUCUGCGUAAGUCAUUGCUUGUCCAAACAAACCGUGCUGCCUUGGAGAAGAUCCAACUUAAGUUCAUUGAUACAUCGUCCAAGUUUGGCCAUGGACGCUUCCAGCAUCCUGCCGAGAAGAGAGCGUUCAUGGGUCUCCUCAAAAAAGACCGGGAGAGGGAGCUUACUGCUGGUGCAGAGUAAAUUUGUUUACGAGUUUAAUAAAGUUUGGUUUGAAUCCA